GCAGAGAAGACAGUCUUGGAAAAUGGAAAUUAUUACGGGUGGUAGCGAGCUCCGGAGUGCUGGGGGGCGGGGCGAAGAGGCCUCGAAGGAUGCCUAGGAGUUGGCCAAGCAAAGGGACAGGGGUCCAGUGUGAGGACUUGGCCGAAUACACACCCCUCUCACAACCUGUUUCUUCAGGGUAGAACAGGGUGAUGGAGUCACUGGGCUGCUUCAGCGAGGUCUGUGCGAAUGGCCCAGAUGCACCCAGAUUCUCCCACACUCCUAAUUGUGUGUCCCAAAGACACACACUAACUCCUCCCAUUUUUCUCUCUUCCCCUAAAUCCCCCCUUAUCAUCUUCGUGGUGGGCGGCCCUGGCUGCGGGAAAGGGACCCGGUGUAGGAAUAUGGCCACCAAGUAUGGCUUCUGCCAUGUGGGGCUGGGCCAGCUGCUGUGGCAAGAGGCUCAAAGAAGCACCCAGCGGGGCUGGCAGAUACGAGACAUCAUGCGGCAGGGGCUCCUGGUGCCCACGGAUCUCAUCCUGGAUAUGGUAAGCAACAAUUUACUGUCCUGCCCAGAGACCCGUGGCUUCCUUAUUGAUGGCUUCCCCCGAGAGCUGGAACAGGCCAAAGAGUUUGAGCAGAUUGUAAGUGCACCUGUGUCCUGCAAUGCCCUCAGAGGACAGAAGAGGCUGUCAGGGUCCAAAGCUGCAGGCAUCCAGGGCUUACCUUGA